AUGGCACUCAAAACUCACGGUACAUUUAUUAUCUGGGAUCUCUUUACUCACAGCGCUUGGUCUGAAGAGACGGUCUUUCGCAUUGACAGCUUGGCUUCAUCUAACAGGCAACUCCAUCAGAAGCAACAUGCCUCAUUUAAAUCCAAAGCCUUGCUCUCUCACACGUUGAGCAACGUUAUUCAUGGGACGUCUUCGUUCAAGCAUAGCGUCUCACUCGGAUUGAUAAGGUCGCUUCGUAUAUCUAGUUCAAGAAUGAGCAUUGCCACUACAUCCGAGUCAGUCAGUCAAGGACGAAGUGACUCUGCAGACCCCCGUCCGUCUAUUGCGGCUGUCAGUUUUAUGGAUCUGCGUCGAGAUGACACUCUCACAGGUAGAAAGGAUAUACUCAAAGCUCGGUACCAUGCUGGAGACAACAUCCAGCGUCUGUGGACUGUUGCCAAUCGCUUUUUCGGUUGGGCGAGCUUGCUUCAAAAUAUUCAAUUCGAUCGAUGUGGAAGAAGUAUCGUCUUGUCUUCAACUUGCAUACAUGGCGGCAUAGGAGAACUUGAAGAAAUUCAAAUGUCAAAGUCACGUCCAAGACCUGCAGACC